AUGUGCGGCUCAGACGUCUUCCUCGCCAUAUUGGCGGUAUUCUUCCCUCCCAUCGCAGUCUGGAUCAAGGUUGGCAUCUGCACCGCAGACUCAAUCAUCAACAUCGCCCUCUGCUGUCUCGGAUACGUUCCUGGCUUGAUACACUCGUGGUAUAUCAUCCUCAAGAAUCCCGAGCCGGAUUACGAUGACCCCAAUUACGAGCCGCUGGAAGGCGGACGAGUGACAUAUUACUACGUCUCUCAUCAGCCCGAGGGCCAGACUCGAGGUCGCGCAGGAUACGGAGCCACCGAAUCAACUCAGCCUCGACCACCGCAGGCACCAUCAACCACACCCCAAUACCAAGGUGAUGGUGGUGUUGGCAGCAGCGAGGGAGGAGUCCCGCCACCCCCGUAUACAGAGGUCAUCAAGGGUGACCACAAGGUGCAGACCCAUGAUUAG